GGGACAUGCCCGACCUAAGCGUAGACAUAAAUGUUCAGGCGUCCGCGGACGGUUUCUCCACAGGCGCCGGAUCUCCUCCCCGCCGGCGCCUUCGGCGCCGCCCCAUGUGGUGCGCUCUGCGCGGAGGGAGGGGUGCGAGCAGGGGGUCCCGCGCUGGCGGAGGCUGCUAGUCAGUGGAUGUCCGGAUCUGGCGUGGUGCUCUGGUUCCCCACUAUCCUGGGCUGCUGUGUCAACCAGAUCCCCAAAUGGAUCCAUGAAGGGGGCGUAGGGGCGGGAGAUGGCAUGCUGCUGUCCCUGUUCUUUGCCUUCCUCACUGGGGCCGCGGGAGUGCUCAACGAGUACGUUCUGAAGAAGACGAGCGGGAUCGACAUCAACCUCCAGAAUUCUGUUCAUUACUUCACUGGCGUUUGCUGCAUUCUCGUGUACUUUGCGGUGUUCAGACCACACGUCUUUGACAGUGUUGCGGUCUUCUUCUCGGGUUUCGAACCCCCGUGCAUUCUGAUCAUAAUCCUCCAAGUGUUCGCUGGACUCGUCGUGAGCCGUAUUUUGAAGUACAUGGAGGCUAUCACAGAGAAGGUGCUUGGAUCCUUCUGCAGCCCAGUGGUUGUUUACGUCGGUGCAGCCUUAUUUCACCACCGGCUUACCGUCUUUCAGAUCAUAUCCCCCAUCAUUGUGUUCGUCGCUUGCGUCAUAUACCUGAAGGACGGCCCACUGAGCAAUGGCACACGUGCAGAAAAGACGUCACUGCUUCCGUCCGCCAAGUGAGAGGCGGCAGCGACGUUGCCGACUUCCUAUUGGAUUGAUUGCGGCGUUGUCCGAUCUGGACCGUGCGGUGAUUGAUUGCGCGCUGUUGGAAAAGCGCCGCGCUAUCCUUGUUUCCUUUUUUGUCAGACUUUCAGGUGAG